AUGGGUGUGGGGGAGGAGUUGGCUGACCCCGAAAUCCAGGUGGCCUUCAAAUGGAAAAACGGCUUAAGUUGUGCCUCCUCCCCAGUCCCUGUCCCUGUGCCCGAAACCGGUCCGUGCCCCCGUGCCCGUGCCCAGAACCGGUCCGUGCCCCCGUGCCCGUGCCCAGAACCCGUCCGUGCCCCCGUCCCCGUGCCCAGAACCGGUCCGUGCCCCCGUGCCCGUGCCCAGAACCCGUCCGUGCCCCCGUCCCCGUGCCCAGAACCCGUCCGUGCCCAGAACCGGUCCGUGCCCCCGUCCCCGUGCCCAGAACCCGUCCGUGCCCCCGUCCCCGUGCCCGUGCCCAGAACCCGUCCGUGCCCCCGUCCCCGUGCCCAGAACCGGUCCGUGCCCCCGUCCCCGUGCCCAGAACCCGUCCGUGCCCCCGUCCCCGUGCCCGUGCCCAGAACCCGUCCGUGCCCCCGUCCCCGUGCCCAGAACCCGUCCGUGCCCCCGUCCCCGUGUUCAGAACCCGUCCGUGCCCCCGUCCCCGUGUCCAGAACCGGUCCGUGCCCCCGUGCCCGUGCCCAGAACCGGUCCGUGCCCCCGUGCCCGUGCCCAGAACCCGUCCGUGCCCCCGUCCCCGUGCCCGUGCCCAGAACCCGUCUGUGCCCCCGUGCCCGUGCCCAGAACCCGUCCGUGCCCCCGUCCCCGUGCCCGUGCCCAGAACCCGUCCGUGCCCCCGUGCCCGUGCCCAGAAGCGGUCCGUGCCCCCGUCCCCGUGCCCAGAACCCGUCCGUGCCCCCGUGCCCGUGCCCAGAACCCGUCCGUGCCCAGAACCGGUCCGUGCCCCCGUCCCCGUGCCCAGAACCCGUCCGUGCCCCCGUCCCCGUGCCCGUGCCCAGAACCCGUCCGUGCCCCCGUCCCCGUGCCCAGAACCGGUCCGUGCCCCCGUCCCCGUGCCCAGAACCCGUCCGUGCCCCCGUCCCCGUGCCCGUGCCCAGAACCCGUCCGUGCCCCCGUCCCCGUGCCCAGAACCCGUCCGUGCCCCCGUCCCCGUGUCCAGAACCCGUCCGUGCCCCCGUCCCCGUGUCCAGAACCGGUCCGUGCCCCCGUGCCCGUGCCCAGAACCCGUCCGUGCCCCCGUCCCCGUGCCCAGACCCCGUCCGUGCCCCCGUGCCCGUGCCCAGAACCCGCCCGGGCCCCCGUCCCCGUGCCCGUGCCCAGAACCCGUCCGUGCCCCCGUGCCCGUGCCCAGAACCCGUCCGUGCCCCCGUCCCCGUGCCCGUGCCCAGAACCCGUCCGUGCCCCCGUGCCCGUGCCCAGAACCCGUCCGUGCCCCCGUCCCCGUGCCCGUGCCCAGAACCCGUCCGUGCCCCCGUCCCCGUGCCCGUGCCCAGAACCCGUCCGUGCCCCCGUGCCCGUGCCCAGAACCGGUCCGUGCCCCCGUCCCCGUGCCCAGAACCCGUCCGUGCCCCCGUCCCCGUGCCCAGAACCCGUCCGUGCCCCCGUCCCCGUGCCCAGAACCCGUCCGUGCCCCCGUGCCCGUGCCCAGAACCCGUCCGUGCCCCCGUCCCCGUGCCCAGAACCCGUCCGUGCCCCCGUCCCCGUGCCCAGAACCGGUCCGUGCCCCCGUCCCCGUGCCCAGAACCGGUCCGUGCCCCCGUGCCCGUGCCCAGAACCCGUCCGUGCCCCCGUCCCCGUGCCCAGAACCGGUCCGUGCCCCCGUGCCCGUGCCCAGAAGCGGUCCACUGGCCCCACGCUGUCCCGGUGCGCGUUCUUGUCCCCGUUUCCUCCCAGACCUCCAGCUCCGCGUUAACAGGAGGUUCGGUGUCCAAGCGAGCCGACGACUGCUCGUUCUCGAGCAAUGACUUGUCACCUGGACGUGGCCCUCUCUCUGGUCCCCAGACCCGGUCACCCUCACCUCCCCAGGGCGGCCUGCGGCAGAAAGCAUGA